UGGGGGCGUGCAACUAGCAGCCCAACGGGCCGGGAGACCGGCGUGGCCAUCUGCAGCUUCGCCAUGUCGUCGGUGUUCGGCAAGCCCCGAGCUGGCAGCGGGCCGCACAGCGUGCCCCUGGAAGUUAACCUGGCUAUCCUUGGGCGCCGCGGAGCGGGCAAGUCUGCCCUGACGGUGAAGUUCCUCACCAAGAGGUUUAUCAGCGAAUAUGAUCCCAAUUUGGAGGACACCUACAGCUCUGAGGAGACUGUGGACCACCAGCCUGUGCACCUGAGGGUCAUGGACACUGCAGACCUGGACACCCCCAGGAACUGCGAGCGCUACCUGAACUGGGCCCAUGCCUUCUUGGUGGUGUAUAGUGUCGAUAGUCGUGCGAGUUUCGAGGGCAGCAGCAGCUACCUAGAGCUGCUGGCCUUGCAUGCCAAGGAGACACAGCGUGGCUACCCUGCUCUGCUGCUGGGCAACAAGCUCGACAUGGCCCAGUACAGGUUUACCCACACCACUGGACAUGCGUGUAAGACCCAAUCCUACGCUUGGCUCCCACUGCCUCCUCAACCUGACAGUCCUUCUAGUAAUCCCUGAAAGUCUCUCCUUUCUCUCAGCUGGUUUACCCAAGGAACUCUUGGACUCCCUGUCUAUGGGGGAGGAGCUGAGUCCCUGGCCCACAGGAGAGCAGACCUGUAUGUGCUGCUCUUGUGGACAGCCACCCUGUCCCUCAGUUGAGUUUGCUGUAAGGGAUGCUUUCUGACAGGGUAAGAGGGGCCAGGACCACUUAUCAAGGGUAAUACCCUUCUGCAUCUUUCCAACCUGCUGGCUAAGGGUAGGGGAUAGUGGGCAGGGGAGGGGGCAGCUGCUGGGUUGUUUAUUUCACAGUGGUCCUUGAUGACUACCACCAAAAGGUGAAGAGCUAAGUUCACUAACGUGACUCCUGCUUAGAUUGCCAUCCACUGCUCACUAUGGAGACCCACACCAAACCAGCUCCUCACCUGUUUGCCAGGAUGCUCCUUCUCAGGAGGAACAUGCUUAUCAUGACCACCAGGACUGCCAGGACCAGGAUGGAAUAAUUCCAAGGAGCCGCUGAGGAGGGACACACAGAGAGACAGCUCUUUGAGCAAAGGCCAGAUGCCUUCAGGCCCCCUCAUCCCUGGGGCUCCGGCUCAGGCCCAUCUCAGAGCAUCAUUUGUCCCUUCUAUGGAGACUCCCACCAAGACCCCUGCUUUAGGAGAUCUCCCCAGCUGACCAGUGGGGUUGGGGUGGAGACAGGGUUUCUGCUCUGGACCAGCACUGAUCCCAUGGAGGGGGGUUUGGGGGGGAUGAGACAGUGCUAUGUUUGCAUAAUAGCUGGGUAGAGGGGCUGUGAGUGGCAAGGAGGAAACUUGAACUCCAGCCUUCAAUUUUAUACUGCCUUUAGGAAAAGGAGGAGGAGGAGAGAGGAAAGGGGCAAUGACAGCCUGACUGGAUGCAGUUACUGCCUACUACAGGUGAAGUGGCAGAUUGGGUGGUGCGUGCUCCGGACAGAUCAGACUGUGACAUGUGAGGCAGGCUCCAGGAUCACAGCUUUUACUCUCCUCCUGUAGGGAUGGUCCCCCACCAAAGGAUCUGAGAGCAAAUUCCUUCCUUUCUUGCAAGGGUUUCCCUCCAGCAAGUCUUUACCAGAAUGUCCUGUUAGUGAGACUUCCCUUGAUUACUUUGUCUUUCUUGAUGCAUACUCCCUUCACUCCAUGCCAUAUUGAGGGUUCAAUUUAAGAUUCCUGACAUGCCUGGCAGGGGCUCCACCAUCAAGGCUCCACCCCUCCUUCUUUGUGUAAUAGCCCAGGCUGGCCUGGAACUCACAGAGAACCACCUGCCUCUGCCUCCCAAGUGCUGGGAUUAAAGGCAUGCGCCACCACCACCUGGCCAGUUUGCUUCUUUUUUUAACUAUGUGCCAAGAACAUGUUAUACUCUUAGCUGUUGGUUUAUUUUCUGUCUCCUCUACUAGAAUGGACACUCUGUGUGGGGCAGAGACUUGGGUUUUGCUCACUGCUGUAUCCCAGUGCUAGGACCAGUGCCUGGCACUCAGUACAACUAACUUAAUAAAUAGUAGAGGUGUUUGAGAGUCGAGGGAGUGGCCCAUACCCUGAGAAAAGGGGAGUGAACGAUGUACCACUUGUUGGAGAAUGAUAGACAGUGAUGAACUGCCCCGCUCACCCGCCAUCACCUACCAUCUUCUGCACGAAAAUACCAAAGCAUUUCUUCCAGCAGUUCCUGGGGCACCUCGGCAUUGGCUGCAGCUUUCUCUGCACUGUGGUCCAUGUUCCUGUUCCUGAUUGAGAUGUUUCUGCCCUGUAAACAGACAAGUCUUGAGGCCCCAGCUGCCCACCUGGCCUUCCAGGUUCUGGCCUCUGAGCAGACAACUCCAGAAACAGCAGGAAGCACUCUUGGUUUACCAGUCCUUCUUGUCCAAAUCAGCAGGUCUAGAUCCCAGUUUUAGGGCUGAAGGGGCCUGAACCAUGUCAGGAGCCAUCUAGGACAAGCUAAAGGCAUACAAAUGACCUCCCUGGAGAUGGCAAGGCUAAAAGAGACUUUAUCUCAGGACUGCUUCUUGCAGCUGAUAUGCCUUUCCUGUCACUAUUAAAAUAGUAUAAUAAUUCCUGGGCAUUAGCUCACCCUAUUGGGCAGGUAUUCUGCAGAUCAACGAAGAUGUACUAUCUUAUAGCAAUGCUAUAUAGACAAAUUGAUGAUUUCAUAAUUCCUAAUAAUGAUUCCAUAGAAUUCUUAAAUUUAUACAGGCAAUUUUGAGCUCUUUACAAUAUGAAGGCUGAAGUUAGGGCUCUGUAAACUUUCAUGUGUCACAAGCUAAUUGCAUUAGGAUAGAAAGAGGGCUCGGAACAGAUUUGAGAUCAGGGAAGGCAUUCAUUCUGGGCUGGCUGGGAAACUAUUGUCUGAUAACUAAAGGGUGUAAACCGGGAGUGGGCAGUUUAUUGUAGGUGCAAGGACAGAAGUUUGUUCAUCCAGAAUGAAUGAGUUUUUUCAUUGGUGUUUGCUCAAUGAACUUGCUCAUGGGGACUUUUACUGCAUCCACCAAAUGUAUGUGUGUGUGUGUGUGUGUAUGCAUGAACACUUGUGGAGUAGAUAAGACAGAUGGUCAGCCCCGACAAGAAUAUGUGUGUGCAUAUUUUCUAUCUGCAAGUGUGACUUUCUUCUCCUGGUUCACAAAGAGUUAAUAGCUCCAAUUCCCCUGCUGCCUAUGUUAAUCACCAGAAGUCAGCACUUAACCAAGCA